AUGGCCAACAAAUCACCAAGGAAUUUUGAGAAUGGUGAUGCUGUUGGGUUAGGUAUAGUUGCUGCUAUGGAUGAGUCAGAUAAAUUUUCUGACUUGGAUUUGUCACUAAGAUCCAAUCCGGUCCCAAUUGUUUCUUUGAAGAAACCUGCUUCUCAUUUCAAAGAAGGAGGUAUGGGGGUAUUCAAUUUUGAUAACGAUGGUGAUGGUGGCGAUGUUGUUGUUGAUGAGAAUGAUGAGAGUUAUACUUGUGUGAUUUCUCAUGAGGGGAAUAAUGUGAAUAGGGAGACUGUUUAUUAUGGUGAUAAGGUUUGUAAGUUUUGUAUUGAUUCUGGGGGUGGAUUUCAUGUUGGUUCUGGACUGGUUUAUGCUGCUCCACCACCGGUGAGGCCUCCCAUGGAUGUUGCUGCUGCUGCAAGGAGGGAGUUUUGGAGCAAGGAUUUCCUGAGUUUUUGCUGUCUCUGCAACAAGCAGCUUCAGGGGCGGGACAUUUUCAUGUACAGGGGUGAAAUAGCAUUUUGCAGUCCAGAGUGUCGCGACGAUUAUAUCAGAAUUGAAGAUAUCAAGGAGAAAUGUGGGUCUGACGCUGGGAAGAAAAAGAAAUCUUCAACAUUUUCAGCAGAAAACUCCAAUUUCAUUGACACUGGGGGUAUAAAUAUUCAAAUAAUCCAAGAUACUGAAAAGCUUGCGGAUUAUCUUCCGACUUUGAUAGAAAGAUUGAGUUCGGUGAUCCACUAA